CUCAUCGAUUGUCAAGGCUUGAAAGUUACUUUUCUGAUUGAAUCGGUAAAACCGAUCCACGGGAAUUACUUUGAAUCCGUUUUCCUAUGCGCAAAAGUUAGUAAAUUGAGGUCGUCGUAACCAAACUCAUUUCCCUCAUGUGAUAUAAAACGUACAGAAAACAUAAAGAGUACAAACGACGAAGAUUGCCCGCCUUCCAUAGUACUAGCCCAGGUAUUUUUUCCGUCAAAGUCUUCCAUAAUCCAAGGGCAAAGCUCUUCUUCUUGCAGACGGCGAGCUUGGGGAUCUACUUUGACCACUUGUCGAGUUUUCCGCUUGAAAGCAUUUUGCUUCAUAUUCUGGGCUCCACCGUAUGGAGCAAUGGAUGCAAUAUUUACGGCAGGAGCUGAUGAAGAAGGUCCUUCAACAACAAGGGGCUGUUCUGCCGGUGUGUUUUGUGUCGCGUUUGGAUCCUUCCGUUGCAUCUUAAUCGGAGGAACGAACGACUGAGCAGGAUUAAUGGUUUUGUUGGAAUGAAACUUGAUAAUAUGAUGUUUUGCAUUUCCUCUUUCUGUCCUGGGAACCCAUGUGAGUCGAAAAUCCGAAUAGCGGGUAGUCUGGGGAGUAGGAUUUGCCGCCGAACGUAAAUCACCGUUUAAACUUGGUUUUUCUGGAUCUAUGGGCUCCUCUUUAACAGGAUUGUAAGAAUUUCCUCCUAACUGACUCAUUAUAGCGUCUAACUAGCAAAAAAUAUGUCCUACCCCAGCAAUCUGAGGUAAUGUGUAGAGGCUACGUUAACCGGCGCAGAUACGCUUAGAGUUAUCCAGAGCCAUUAUGUCCACAGCUGAGUACAUUGCGAAGCGUUAUCUCACGAAAGACGGCGGUUCAAAGAAACGAAAGAAGAAGCAAAAGGUCCGGGAGAAUUUGGAGAUUCAAGACGACGAUUCUGCAGAUCUUUGGGCUGCUGAAGAAAACACCCAGGAAAAAGAAGCUCUUCUAUACGGAAACGCUGUCCAGAACGACAUAUUAGCAAACGAUACAGUUCGGAUUUCGGAGAGCAUUGACGUUAAACCGCUGGGCGGAUGGAAACCCGUUGGUGAAAGAGCAAUUGCAAAUUCUGUACCAGCAGUUUCAGAAGACUUGGCUGAUCAAGAUGCAAAACCGAAAUAUGGUCUCGUUACUGGAAAAGAAAUUGCGGAGAAGACACGUCGGGAACGUUUGUUGGAGCAGCAACGGUUAAAUGCCAUUUCGGAAGAAGAGCUGCAGAAAUCUCAGAAAACAGUAUACCGAGAUGCUACAGGACGCCGAGUGGAUAUACAAUUGAUUCGUAGAGAGGCGAGUCAACGGCUAGAAGAAGAGAGGCGGAAGGAAUUGGAAAAAAAACGACAGCAACAAGGUGAAGUUCAACUUGCUGAACAACAACGACUUCAAGAAGAGUUGGAAAAGAUGAAGACUGCUCCACUAGCACGUUAUGCUGAUGAUAAGGAGCUUAAUGAGACUCUUCGGAGGCGGUCUCGUUGGAACGAUCCUGCUGCAUCGUUUUUAAAAAACAAACCAACAGGCCCUUCUUCCACAUAUCAAGGUUAUGCACCGCCGAAUCGGUUUGAUAUCCUCCCAGGACACAUGUGGGAUGGAGUUGUCCGAGGAAAUGGGUUUGAAAAUCGUUGGUUUCAACGUCGAAAUGAAUUACAAAGCCGGGAGUUUGAGGCCUAUAAAUGGUCAGUGGAAGAUAUGUGAUUUACGACAGGUGGUCUUUGGUUGGAUUUACUAUUGAAUGUGCUUGUUCUCGGAGCACAAGCUCACAAGAGCAGAAGGAUUUCUCUACUAAUAUGUAAGAGCAACUCCGCUCAUAUAUCUUGGGUAUUGUGAUUGCGAGUUCUGUUUCUGUUUCUAUUUCUUAAUUUUGUUCGUUGGAAUCCGUCAGACUCUGCUAUUUGCUAAUUCGGUGCUCUAAUGGAUUUCACUAUUUGCUUUAUCUGCAAUACGUUGUCAUGUGGUAUUCUAUUUUUGAUAAUGUAACGCGUUCUGUUAUGCUAUUUCUGCAUUCUAACGAGAUACGUUAUCUUUGUUUUCGGCAGCACAUCGUUGUUCACUAUACUCAAUUCUCAUUUCAGCUACACCUAUACG